GUUGAUUGAUUGUAAUAGUUUCAACUAGGUAUUUUCGAGUUAUUUGAAGCAUUUUACCUCAAAAUGAGUUUGAGGACGGAUAAGAAGUUUGCGGAUUUAGGAUUAACAUACUGGAUCACACGACAAACCGAGAAACUAGGAUUGCGCCGGCCGACACCAAUUCAGGUGGAAUGCAUACCUCGUAUCCUGCAGGGGCAAGAUUGUAUCGGUGCAGCCAAAACUGGAUCGGGUAAAACGUUUGCCUUCGCCUUGCCCAUCCUGCAGAAAUUAAGCGAAGAGCCUACGGCAAACUUUGCCCUCGUACUAACGCCAACGCACGAGCUGGCGCACCAGAUAGCGGAACAAUUUAUCGUUGCCGGAAAGCCGAUGAAUGCGCGGGUUUGUGUGGUUACCGGCGGAACGGAUCAGCUGCUCGAAAGCCAAAAACUGCAAGCCCGCCCGCACAUCGUCGUAGCCAUGCCGGGCCGGUUGGCCGACCACCUGUCGGGUUGUAAUACGUACUCUUUCGCUGCCCUGCAGUUUCUGGUAGUGGACGAAGCAGAUCGUGUGCUUAGUGGAAGUUUCGACGAUGAUUUAAAAGUGAUUAACAAAUUCCUGCCAGCGAAACGACAGAAUCUGUUCUUUUCCGCCACGAUGAAAGAUUUUCUUAAGAUGUCCUGCGUGCUCCCGAUAGCGGACGAUGCGUACGAGUGGUCGGAACAGUCGGAAGUGGCCACGGUGGAAACGCUCGAUCAACGGUAUAUCCUGUGUGCGGAUUACGAUCGCGACAUGAUGCUGGUGGAAGCGUUGCGUGAAUACAGGGAGGAACAUGAAGAUGCUAGCGUUAUGAUUUUCACAAACUCCAAGAAAGACUGCCAAGUCCUGUCGAUGACGUUGGAUAAGAUUGGGUUUGAAAAUGUGUGCCUACAUGGGUUCCUACGACAGAAGGAGCGUGUGGCCGCGCUGAGUCGAUUCAAAUCGAAACAUGUGCGAAUACUAAUUGCGACCGAUGUGGCUAGUCGUGGACUUGAUAUUCCUGACGUCCAGUUAGUGUUGAACCAUCGGCUACCGAAGAUGCCGAAUGAAUAUAUCCACCGGGUUGGACGAACUGCUCGUGCCGGGCGGUCUGGGUUGGCGCUGUCGAUCUUCCGCUUUCCGAGGGAUUUGGAGUUUUUGGGAGAAAUUGAGAGCCUCAUCAACACGAAGCUUACCGAACAUCCAGUCGAUGAUAAACUAGUUCAGCGCAUUUUCAUGCAGGUGAAUGUAGCGCGACGAGAAGCAGAGAUGAACCUGGAUAAUAAGGACUUUGAUGAACGACAGAGUAAUUAUCGUCGUAUGGGUUGGAUGCGGCAGGGCCUUGAUCCGGACGAAAUGGAAGCGAAGUGGCUGGAGGAAAAAGAAGCACGUAACCAGGCUCGUCGUGAGCGAUUGAAAAAGGAAAACGAAGAACGUCGCCGGCGAGGAACGGACCUGGAACAACAGAAUGCAGCCGCAGCGAGUGAUCCCCGAUUCCAGAUGGCCGCAGCGGAUAAAAAGUUUAAGAAAAGAAAAUUCAUUAGCGCCAACAAGCUGGACGAGCUGGUAGAAAAGAAGAAAACCGAAUCGAACACCUCAGCAGGCGGCGUCAACGAGAAACGCAAAAAGAUUGUGAAAAAGAAACCGAAGAUUGCACAACAAUAAAAACUGCACCUGAUAA